AGUCAGAAUUAUGUUCACUAGGACUCGGAUGUAGAUUUGGGAUGAAGUAAUAGUUCGAAUAUAAGAAGGGAGUCUUUCAUUUGUAAAAUGAGGAAAUUGGGGGAAGAAAAGGGAGCCUUUUAGGAUGGACAUUGAGAUUAAAGUUUUAUAAGUGUGGCAGCUUUGACUGCACAGUAACCUGGCCAGCGGUGGUUGUCAUGAAGGAGCGGAAGUGUGGCUUUAAUCGAAACAUGAAGUGUGGCAUUAAGUAAUUCGGUUAAAGAUGUAGUUUUGAUUGGUUGAGGAGCGAAGGCGGGCAUGACUUAUCCGGAACCGCUUGGAAUGAACUGGCACUCAGAAGUGUGGUGUAUUCUGGUCUCAUGGUUACGCAGACACCUGAAGUGUGGCUUUCAUUUACACAUUCGGCACGUAGGACAGAGAGUGCAUCUAGUAAUAUUGAUUCCCAGCGGAUUUGAUGACAGCGUCUGGGAUGGAAUGGAAUUGUAGUUUCAACUUAAGAAUCGUAGGGUUUUGAACAGAAUAGUUGGUAUCAGGAGUCGGUUGAGGGCCAAGAGCGGGCACCAGAGUUCGGAUCCUACGAACUGGGGAAAGUUGCCUACGUCGAGGGUGCUGAGGACGCUUAGGUUCCUUUCCCAGGACCAUGGCGAACUCGAAGCUGCUGGCCCCUGAGUUAUGCGAGACAGAGACAAUGGGUGCCGAGACGGCGCGAUUCGAGGAGCUGCUGCUGCUGCAGGCCUCCAAGGAGUUCCAGCAGGCCCAGAUAACCAGACCAGAUUCUACACAAAUUCAACCUCAGCCUGGUUUCUGCAUAAAGACUAACUCAUCGGAAGGGAAGGUUUUCAUCAACAUCUGUCACUCUGCCUCCAUCCCUCCUCCAGCUGAUGUGACCGAGGACGAGCUUCUUCAAAUGCUGGAGGAGGACCAAGCUGGGUUUCGCAUCCCCAUGAGUCUGGGAGAACCUCAUGCUGAACUGGAUGCAAAAGGCCAGGGCUGUACCGCCUACGAUGUAGCUGUCAACAGUGACUUCUACAGGAGGAUGCAGAACAGCGAUUUCUUGCGGGAGCUUGUGGUCACCAUUGCCAGGGAGGGCCUUGAGGAUAAAUACAGCUUGCAGCUGAAUCCAGAAUGGCGCAUGUUGAAGAACCGGACUUUCCUGGGUUCCAUCUCCCAGCAGAAUAUCCGUUCCCAGCAGCGUCCUCGAAUCCAGGAACUGGGAAACCUGUCUAUGCCCGAUUCCAGGAAAGAUGACGAAGGCCCUGAGAAGCCUCACCUGACCCUCUGGAUGGAAGCCCCUGACCUCCUGUUGGCAGAAAUUGACCUCCCCAAACUGAAUGGAGCACUGGGGCUGUCACUAGAGAUUGGGGAGAACCACCUGGUGAUGAGGGGCCCCCAGCAGCUGUAUCAUCUAGAUGUCUACAUCCCCCUGCGGAUCAACUCUGAUGAGAGCAAGGCAGCCUUCCACCAGAAGAGAAAGCAAUUGAUGGUGGCCAUGCCCCUUCUGUCUGUGCCUUCCUGACCAGGGCGUGUCCCUGUGCUUCCAGAUGUAGAGAAGAGGCUUGUGGCUUCCCUAAAAUUGAAAUAAAAGAUUUUUGCCUUU